ACGUACAAAAAUAUGACAUUUAAAUUUUUAUCAAAUCUGGAAAAUCCUGAUCAUCUAUUACUAGGCCCAACAUUAUGGGGCCUCCAAACUUCGGGCAUAUGGCAACCCUGUAAAAAAAGAGUUAAAAUAAUCUACAACACAAUACAUAUUAUGGCUAUACUCUUUGUUUUAAGCCAAUAUGUAGAGCUUUAUUUUAUCAGGAAUGACUUGGCCAUGGCUCUUAAAAACCUGUCUGUAACAAUGCUGAGCACUGUUUGCGUUGUUAAGGCCGGGACUUUCAUUAUUUGGCAAAAAUAUUGGAAGGAUAUUUUCAACUAUGUCUCAAAAUUAGAGAAAAAUCAACUUUAUAAACCAGACUAUCUCACUAAGAAUACUAUUCGGAAAUACACAGAGUAUUCUAGAUUUGUCACUUAUUUUUACUGGACCCUUGUGACAGCUACUGUCUUUUCGCUCAUUUUAGCACCUCUAGCAUCUUAUUUGUCUUCGUUUCAAAAUAAGGAAUUGGGUGACAGUGGAGCAUCUUCAUAUCCUGAAAUUAUGAGUUCUUGGGUACCAUUCGAUAAAACACAAGGCUGUGGGUAUCUGGUAUUGACUCUUAUCCAUGUUUUAAUAUGUUUUUAUGGAGGUGGUAUUGUUGCUAAUUAUGAUUCGAACGCUGUGGUCCUGAUGUGUUUUUUUGCUGGACAGCUAAAAAUAUUAAAAAUAAAUUGUGAGAGGCUCUUCGGGAACGGAGAAGAAAUCGUAAGUUAUAAAGAGGCCGUUGAGAGAAUAAGAAUUUGUCAUCAUCAUCAUAUUCUUCUUAUCAAGUAUUCAAAAGUUUUUAAUUCUUUGCUGUCACCUGUGAUGUUUUUAUACAUCAUUAUAUGUUCUUUAAUGAUUUGCGCCAGUGCAGUACAAUUAACAACAGCAGGCACUACAAGUAUGCAGCAGAUAUGGAUUGCAGAAUAUCUUAUAGCUCUUGUAGCGCAACUUUUCCUUUAUUGUUGGCAUAGCCAUAAAGUUUUGCAUAUGAGCUUGCAAGUGGACAGCGGAGUUUAUACAAGUGCAUGGUGGUCACAGGAUGUGAGGAUACGCCGGAGUGUAUUACUACUAGGCGGACAGUUGAAAAAGAAAGUUAUGUUUACUGCCGGGCCCUUCACAGAUCUUAAUAUUGCUACCUUUGUAGCUAUAUUAAAAGGUUCCUACAGCUACUACACUUUAUUGAGCAAACGGGGCGAGUAAUCUGUAAAAAAAUAUAUUAAUUUUCAAAAGUUCAUAUUAUAAAAGUGAUGUAAUUAUAAUUGAUGCUAUUUAUCACAAUAAAAUUACACUCAAUUCACCAUAAAAUAGAUGCGUACAUGAUAUAAUCCAAUCUAGUUUUUAGUUCGUCUUUGUAAUUAUCUUUCAAAUCUACAAUCUUAAUCUUGCCCUCUAGCAAAUUUCAUUCAAGCUUUUCUAUUUAGUCUGAAAAUCGAUUUCGAAGUUUACAAACAAUUCUCUUUAGACACGACCAGAAUUGGAAAUAGUAAAUUUUGCUUUGUUUUAAAGGUUUUGUGAAUGGUAACGAAUUCUUUAGGAAAAAAUACACGAUAUUGUUCACUUGUACUUCGUUUGAAUAUAGUAAUAUAGCAAUAGCCAUCACCUUUAUAUUAGUCAUCAAGGAAAGCACAAUUAAAUCAACAAAUUCAGUCCUCUCAAGUAUACAAUGUAGGCGUUAAUUCCAAGUGAAUGGAUAACCAAAUAGUUUUUUUUUUAUCUUGUCCCCCAUUCCAGCUACCAAAACACUAAUCUUAUCAUCUUGUAAGAAUAAUUAAAUACUUAUGUUGAUUAAAACAUAACAUUUCUGAAUAUUAAAUUAAUACUUAUUACAUUUUACUCAUUAUGUAUCUCCUAGCAGCUUGUUAAGAAAGGAUCUUAAUGAGAAAUAAUGUUUUAG